AUGCAACACGAUCCUGCUUUAAUCGAACAUACGCCCAACGCAAAUAACGCACCUGGUUACGUCAGGUUGACUUGUGAUCUUUAUUCUAACUCAACGUGCACACUCAACUCGCUUAUGCUCCGCGUUACUGUAUUUUGGUUGGCUCUGAUCCCAAAUUAUGCCCUUACGAGCUGCCCUAUCGUCGCCUUAAACGCUUCAGUGGAGCUGAAUGCUGCUAUUCCCCGAUACGAAUCUUUGGUCACAUUGGUUUUUAUGAAAUUGAUUCGAAUGGCAAGUUUUCAUUCUGAAAAUGCGCAAAGCGGGAAAUCAAAUAAAUCAAUAACAGGAUCACAAUUUCAGGUUGAACCGGAACAAAAAGUUGACUUUCUUUUUGAAUAUGCCAUAGAUUGGAGAGACGAACGCUUACAGUGGAAUGCGUCCGAGUUUUGCGGAAUUGAACGAAUAUAUUUGGCCAUGAAUGAUGUUUGGAUCCCCGAGAUUACUAUAGUGGAGGCGCAUUCUUCUCAAGAUUACCGUGAAGACUACAAAAAAUUCGUUUGGGUGAACUCAUCAGGUCAUGCUAACUACUUCGUGCCAACCCUUACAUCAACCAUCUGUACGGUCGAGGUUCGGGAUUUUCCCUUUGAUCAUCAAGACUGCAGCAUCAAAAUGAUGACUCAAUCGUUUUCCGCAUGGGAAUACGGUAUCAAGACCGUAUUCAGUAGUUCGUUAGAUGGAAAUUUUUCCGCCAUCGAAAACAUGGGGAAUGGAGAAUGGCAAAUAAAAAAUCUGUCAGUGAAGACAGUUUUUGUCGACAAUGGGGACGAAUUUCCCUUCGAGAUGAAUACUUUUGUGAUAGCAAUGAAGAGGAACGCUUCAUUCUUUAUCACUAUGGUUAUUAUGCCAUCGUUCGUUAUUAAUGUCCUAUCAAUUUUUGGUAUUUUUCUUAAAACAGCGGACAGCAUGGGGAAGCUUGGAAUAGCGCUGACUAACCUUAUGUCAUUGACAUUUAUACUGGGUAUACUUGCCACUGCUUUGCCAAAGACAAAGGAUCUGCCCAGGAUAGCAAUUUACGUUAUGGUAAAUCUGUGCAUCGUAGUGGUUGCACUGAUCGCAACGCUACUCAUUCCGUAUCUCAAACAGUACCUUGUUGGUGACGGUGAAAUCAUGGACAGUACUAGCAAAAAGAAGAAGCGAAUAGAGGGCAAACUCUUCAUAUCACUGCAUAUUGGAUCGUUCAUACUGCUCGAAAUUGCAAAUCUUAUCAACUUUAUCAUUCUGUUCGCGUAA